CGGAGACAGCACACAGCCUAAAGUGCCACAUCACACACACAUGCACACAGAAUAGUGGAAUAAAACCGGAUGGCCAUGAAAGUGAUUGUUUUUCUAAGUGCGGCGUUUGCAUCUAUCGGGUGUGUCCCUCCACGACGAUGCGAACCUGGAGAGGAAAUUUUGGGAUGGUGUAAGGCUCCAGUGGAACCUCCUAAACCCCAAUGCACGGACAUCUUGCUGGGCUACUGCGACGACGUGCCCUACACCCGCACCAUCUACCCGACGCUGGUGGAGCACCGUAACCGCGACGACGUGGAGACGAGCGUGGAGUACCUGCUGCUGAGCGUGGUCCACUCGCUGCUGGGCGGCGGCGGCGGAGAGUGCACCACGCCGGACGUGCGGCUGCUGGGCUGCUCGGUGCUGACCCCCCGCUGCGAGGCGGGCCGCGCGGUCCGGCCGUGUCGGCGGGCGUGCGAGGCCGUGCGGAGGCGCUGCGUCCACGCCUUCGACACCAUCGGCAUGGCCUGGCCCUACUUCCUGGACUGCGACCGCUUCUUCGUCGGCGACGAGGAGGGAUGCUACGACCCCCUGGAGGGCCUGAGAGCUGAGGAGACCCCUGAGAUGCUGGCAGCGAGCGUCGCCCCUGAGGAGCCGGCCACCAUCCUGCAGUUCGUCUACCACACGCACACACAGAUGCUCAACAUCCUCAAGCGCACCGCGGGCAACUGCCCCGACAUCGCCCGCACCUACACCAUCGGGCGCAGCACGGAGGGCAAGGAGCUGAUGGUCAUCGAGUUCUCCAGCAACCCCGGCCAGCAUGACUUAUUGGAGCCAGAGGUGAAGUACGUGGCCAACAUGCACGGUAACGAGGCUCUGGGGCGUGAGCUGCUGCUGUACCUGGCCCAGUACCUGUGCUCCGAGUAUCACCUGGGCAACGCGCGCGUGCAGACGCUCGUCAACUCCACCCGCGUCCACAUGCUGGUCUCCAUGAACCCCGACGGCUACGAGCUCGCCAGCGCAGAGUCGCAGGUCGGCGCCGACAUCGACUACGACGAGGAUGGCAGGUACGAGGGCCUUAUGACGGGUCGGGGAAACGGGCAGAACAUCGACCUCAACCGGAACUUUCCGGACCUGACCUCCAUUGCCUACAACCGCCGGCGUUACCGGUUCCACCGCACCGACCACAUCCCCAUCCCCGACGCCUACUGGUUUGGUAAGACGGUGGCUCCUGAGACCUAUGCGGUGAUGAAGUGGAUCCGCUCCACUCCAUUCGUGCUGUCGGCCAGCCUGCACGGAGGAGACCUGCUGGUGUCCUACCCCUACGACCUGUCCAAGCACCCCCAGGAGGAGCAGCUCUUCUCCCCCACGCCGGACGAGCAGGUGUUUAAGCAGCUGGCCAGAGUGUAUGCCGACUCCCACAGGACCAUGACCAGCAACAACUCCGAGCGAUGCGGCAGCGACUUCACGGACAAGGGCAGCAUCGUCAACGGAGCCGAGUGGUACAGCAUCAGAGGGGGGAUGGCGGACUUCAAUUACCUGCACACAAACUGCUUUGAGCUGACAAUUGAGUUGGGCUGUGACAAGUUCCCCCAAGAAGAACAACUCUACAACAGCUGGCAGGACAACAAGGAAGCCCUGAUCAGCCUCCUGGAAGCGGUCCACCGCGGCAUCAAGGGGCUGGUGAAGAACGAGGACGGGAAGGGGAUCAAGGGAGCGACCAUCUCUGUCAAAGGCAUUCGACACGACGUCACCACAGCUGAGAGCGGAGACUACUGGAGACUCCUGACUCCAGGGAUCCACAUCGUGACGGCCUCGGCGAGUGGCUACACGCGCGCCAUGAAGAAAAUCUACCUGCCCGCGCGCCUGGAGAAAGCCGGUCGCGUCGACUUCACCCUGAAGAGGGCGCCACUGGACCUAGAUGACGACGACUUGUACCUUCCCAGCAUCCCCCCUGCAUACGAGCGGUUCGACCCCUACAACCAGUUCGGCCGGUACAACGUGCGAGACGAGGCGGAGCGGGGCAUCGAGCGGCAGGAGAACCCGUGGUGGUGGUCCUACUUUGCGCGGUCCACAGGCACGGCACCCAACUGGCUGCUCAAAAUGGACUAGAGCUCUCCCUAGUGGUUGCUGUCAGUCAUUACAAGGCCUUUAAACUCCUUUACCUUCUUCCCAUAAGCUUUUGCACUUUCACGGUUUUGUCCUAUAGGGAAUUUGUAACAUUUCACCCCAAAGGAAGUCUGAAUGUUUGGAUGCAUGGUGCUCCGUCUACAUUAGUGUGUUGACAGCAGGGGCAGGAUGUUUGGCUGUACAAGAUUGACCAAAUCACUCAUAAAAUCUGCUGGCACAUAAAAUAGUCCUCCAGGUCGUAUCACAUUGAAUUGAAUUGAUACAAACAGCAUACAGUCAUGCUUGCUUGUUUUUUUGUAAUAAAAAUAUUUUCACCUGUCAAUAAAGUUAUUGAUUGACUAUA